AUGGGAGAAGACUACGGCACAUCUUCACUGCCACCACACAUCGGGACGCUUCUCAACUCCAUCACCAACACCACUACCAACACCACAUCAUCAUCAUCAUCCUCCUCCUCCUCCUUCUCAUCCUCGGGCGACGGCGACGACCUCGACAUCUUUUUGCACUGCUGGAUCCAACCGCAUUGCCCGGCGUGUCUGUCGGCGGACAACAAGUACCCGUGCUCCUGGUGCGCGACGUCCCAGGUGUGCGUGCCCAACACGGUUUACGGCUACCCUUUCGGAAUCCUGGCGCCGUUGAAGACCGACUCGCUCUGCCCGCUCGGGUGGCGGGAGAGGUGGGAACUCCGGGCGCGGCCGUUCAGUUGCCGCUGCUCGAGCAUGACGUUCGUGAGCGUCGUCGUCGCCGUGCUGGCCACGCUCUUGUCUCUGCAGCUCAUGUGGCUUCUCAUCACGCUGGGCCGACGGGCCGGACGGAGAUGGAGGACGAGACAGAAGGGGUGGUGGAGGUUACGAAACUGGGGUCGUGGUCCCGUCUGGACGAUGAGAAGGCCGCCAGGGAGAGAUGAUGCGGCAGGCACGCAAAGUACGCAAAGCCAGAAUGAGAAUGACGGCGUUGGCGGCGACGGCGACGGAAACAGAACCAGAACUAUACCGCAAGCUCCGCGCCAGGAUGAUGAAACGACACCUUUGCUCGCUUGA